AGUAUACUGAGUCCACAGCAGUGAAGCAAAAAUGUUCCUCCUCCUGAUUGCUAUUUGUUGGCUGUCUCAAGCCUCGACUUCACACAUCACUCUACAUGGAAAUAAUGUAGCUGAGUAUGGCGGCGAGGCGCGUUACAAGUGCGCACUAUCAAACUCCUCAGGUGUGCUUCAGGUCACGUGGCAAAGGAUUGUCCAGGGCGUAAUGGAUAGCAUGGCAACCUACAGUGAGCGCUUUGGCCGGGAAGUAACCAAGCCUUACCGUGGAAAACUGCUUUUGACGGAAGCGUCUUUCAGCUCCGCGUCCAUCACGCUAAUGAAUCUAACAUGGAAAGAUGAAACCUGCUACAUCUGCUCUUUUAAUAUUUUUCCCGAUGGCUCCAAAAUGAGACAGACUUGCCUCAAAGUGCAAGGAAUAUCAGAGGUGAAAACAAUGAACCACACUCUCAGCGGUGGAGACGGGAAGGAUAGUGAAAUUGUGUUUAGCUGCUCCGCUACAGGGAAACCAGCUCCGACCAUAGAGUGGAACAUUUCAGCGGAUACCUCCCUAUCAGACCAACCGCACUCCGUGAUAGUAACAAACAGCGACCACACCUUCACCACCAGCAGGAACGUAACCGUGAAAGUGGCUCCUGGAAGGAGUGGAUACGUGGAUUGCGUGCUGAACCGUGGAAAGCUGGGAGAGAGGACCGAGAGGAUCCCGUUCUCUUAUGGGGAAGCAGAGCGUACUACAUGGGAAAGAGCGGUUCCGUCGGUGAUCGUUUUUGUCGCUGUCGUUGGGGUUGUUUCCAGCAUUGCUGCUGUCUUUUUGAUGAGAAGAAGGUCAAAGAAAAGGGAAGAAUACAGGUCUGCCACAGAAGCAUUACAAACAGCUUAGGGAUUUUUGUUUUGUUUUGUUUUGUUUUUUACAUAUGAAAUGUGAAUUAAGCUAAAGCUUUGGCAGGUAGGUUUUAACGUAGGAAAGAGCGCACCUGUCCAUUGCCAUUUCUUGAGAGCUGCAGUACUCAGCACUUUAACUGCAUGGAGCUUCGGCACCAGACUCUGAAUGUAAAAAUAAUAAAUAAAUAAAAUCAGAAUAUCAAGGAGAAAUAGUGAUGCAAAACCUCUUGGAUCGGAUAGAAAUGUGAUUUUUUUUUUUUAUUUUUUUCAUAGUCGCAGGCGGAAGUUUUAAGCAGUAAACCUCAGUGUUGUGCAAAGCUCGAGGACUGCAAUGCGGUGCUGUGGUUCCCUGUUUUCUUUAAGCAUAGCGAUCACGAUGUGACCAUCUCACACUGGAGUUUUAGUGCCAUCUAGUGGACUCAAAAAAAAGAGUAAAUGCAGUGGUCCACAUGGAGCAAAUACCUCAAAUAUAAGCGAUGCUUAUCUCUAAACGUGUUACUUAAUGUGUUUAGUAAAUUUUCACAUGCAGUUUGGCACUUUUCCAUCAGUUUGCACGUCAGUGUUUGUAAUUCUGAUAUAUGUAUAUAUAUUUUUUUUCCUUAGUAAUGCAGCGCACUCAGUGGACACACACGUGCUAGCACCUAACGUAAAUGUAUAUUUCAGAUUCUGCCAGUUUUAACUGGAGUUAAAUACAUGUGAGUGGUAACGUCUUAAUUAUUUGUGUGAAAUAUUUAUGCUGAUGCAUUUUAAAUAAUUUAUUGUCUCUUCCCAUUUAUUUAAUAUUGUUGAGCGAAUUAAAUAUGUCUAAAUGUUG